ACUUUAAAAAACACAUCAUCAAUUUCAUCACUGCAUGUGGCCAUGUGCAUUGAUCAUUGUUAUUUGUGGGUGUGAAAAAGUACUGCAAUUUUUUUUUAUUUGCAUUUAUAUUGUAAAAUAAUUAACAAAAAAAAAAAAUUCUAAUUGAACAAAAGAUCGUUGAAAAGAAAAUCAACAAUGUCCGAAGGCAUUUACACAUCCGACAAAUCGGGUAGCGAUGAAAAUGGUGACGGAACGGAAGUAAAACCGUUUAAAACAAUUUUACAAGCAAUGCGACACGCUGGUAAAGAGCCAUUUCCAAUAAUUUAUCAAGACGCAAAAGAAGAUGGUGCCAAAUAUGAGCCAGCGGCAAAAUCACAACUUAAGAAAGUGCAAAAAAUUUGGGCACGUGAACAACAAAAGAAUGAUGAUAAAUUAAAAAAACUUCAGGAGGAUGAAGAGAAGCGUUUAAAAAAUUUAGAAGACGCUAAAGCAAUUACAAUAGAGGAAGACAAAACAUUACCAACACCGUCUCGUGUUAAAAUUAAUCAAUGUCAUGAAUAUCGUGAUAAGAGAAUAAAAAUUUAUGGUUGGGUUCAUAGACUUCGGAGGCAAGGUAAAUCUCUAAUGUUUAUAACAUUGAGAGAUGGUACUGGAUUUUUGCAAUGCGUUUUGAAUGACAAACUUUGUCAAACAUACGAUGCACUCACUCUGAAUACUGAAGCUUCCAUCGAAUUGUUCGGCACAUUAAAAAUAGUUCCCGAAGGAAAAACAGCACCAGGUGGUCAUGAAUUGAUUGUCGACUAUUGGAAAUUGAUUGGAGCUUCACCUCCAGGUGGUGCGGAUUCAAUUCUAAACGAAGAGGCUCAAGUUGAUGUUCAACUUGACAAUAGACAUAUCAUGAUUCGUGGAGAAAAUACUUCACGAGUUCUUGUCAUGAGAUCUGUAUUGACACAAGCAUUCAGAGAUCAUUAUAAAGAUCGUGGAUAUUUUGAAAUAACACCUCCGACUAUGGUCCAAACUCAAGUUGAAGGAGGCUCUACUCUUUUUAAACUCGACUAUUUCGGAGAAGAGGCAUUUCUAACUCAAAGUUCUCAGCUUUAUCUUGAAACUUGUAUACCAUCGAUGGGAGAUGUUUAUUGUAUCGCACAAUCUUACAGAGCUGAACAAUCCCGAACAAGGCGUCAUCUUGCUGAAUAUUCUCACGUUGAAGCAGAAUGUCCGUUUAUUACUUUUGACGAUCUUCUCGAUCGAUUGGAAGAUUUAGUUUGCGAUGUCGUUGAUCGUGUUUUAAAAUCCCCACUAGGACAUAUAGUCAAGGAAUUGAAUCCCGAUUUUAAAGUACCGAAAAAACCUUUCCGAAGAAUGAAUUACAGUGACGCUAUUCAAUACUUGAAGGAGCAUAAUAUCACCAAGGAGGAUGGAAGUUUCUACGAAUUUGGUGAAGACAUUCCUGAAAUGCCAGAGAGAAAAAUGACUGAUGAAAUAAAUGAACCGAUAAUGCUUUGCCGUUUUCCUGCGGAGAUUAAAUCAUUUUAUAUGCAACGUUGUGCGGAAGAUCCAAGACUCACGGAAUCCGUCGACGUACUUUUACCAAAUGUAGGUGAAAUUGUUGGUGGUUCUAUGCGUAUUUGGGACUAUGAAGAACUUAUGAAGGGCUACGAGCGUGAAAAUAUCGAUCCAACACCAUAUUAUUGGUACACUGAUCAGCGUAAAUACGGCACUUGUCCCCAUGGUGGCUAUGGAUUGGGUUUGGAAAGAUUUCUCUGUUGGUUACUAAACAGAUAUCAUAUAAGAGAAGUUUGUCUAUAUCCACGUUUUCUCGAACGUUGUCGUCCAUAAAGAUGAACUUUUUUUUUCCAUCAACAUUAUAGGUAAAUAGCGCAUGUAAUUUGGAAAUUUAAAUAAUUUUUUCUUCUAAGAAAUACACGUCAAUGUAGCUUGUCAUAAAUUUGCAAAAUAUUUAAAUAAAGAAUUUCAAAUUCAA